AUGCCGCGAAACCUCGCGGGAAAAAAGCAUCAGCAUAACAGUCGCCAUGAGAACGGCCUCGUAGGCCCUGGGAAACGUGUCACAAAGCAAAAAUCGAAUGGUCAUCUCAAUGGCACCGCAAAGGGUCCUGCCCCUUCCGAGCCUGUUCCUCACCACAACAGACCCGAUUCUGGCCUGACCACUUCCACCCACGAUCAAGCCUCCACUGUUACCUCCGACUCGGUUCAAGACACCACACAGUCCUCCGCACACCCAUCCCACAGACUCGGAACAGCGGAUCCAAGCGAGCCCAAGAGUCAGGACAAGGAGGCCAAGUGGGAUUCACAUGCGGCGACCAUGCUUCAUACUCGACGAGGCGACCUCGCCCCCUCCAGGGCCAAAUCUACUCCGGAUGUCAGUGCUCUUCAGCUUGCCAACACUAUCCUAAGAUCCCGACCAGCAUGCGAUACCGUGUCCCUGCUCAUUGUACUUCUAGCUCUUCCAUCCAUGAUUUUAACCAUUGUUCAAGCCCUCUUUGCUUCCCUGACUCUCAUGCCAGGAGGCGGAGCUCCGGUCUCCCUGUUUUCCUUACUCGACAUCUUCCAGGGCUCAGCUGGCGCUCCAAGCGUUCACACUAUCGCUGCUGUGGAUGUCAUUGGCUUUGCGCUCUGGAUUUGCCUGUGGAGCUGGGCUCAAAAUUUCGCACUGGAUCUUGCUCAGAUACAAAUCGCAAUCACCCUGGGCAAUGGGAAUUCAGGGAAGAAUGGAGGAGUCACUACAUUCUGCUUCGCAGCCAUACUCCUCCUGCACUCUGUCCGGAGUAAAGGCGUUCGGCGUUUUCUAUUUUCGAAUCUGGUACCCAUGAAUCUUCUUUCACAGAUUGGUCUGUCGGAUUACCUGAAGUAUUUACCCUCAGAUUCUGAUUUCGGUCAGAGUCAUGGGUCUCCGUCUAAAAUCCGCAGCCUCUUUGCGGUUCAUAUCAUCAGCCAGGCUGUCAUGGCUAUCGUUCGCCGCAGGAUAUCAAGCAGCAACCCGUCCAUUGGCAAUACAAAGUCAAAGCGAAUAGAUCCGGAAGCCUUAGCCGGCUCCAUGUCUGAUACCUCCGCUCUAGAUGGAUCAACCGCCGCUGGGAUUUCCUCCGGAGUCGACUAUCAGCAACCACCCACCCCUGGAUUGAAAGAAGGGAAGGAAAGGGUCACUAGUGCGAAAAAGAGGCGCCGUUAUGCCAACCAUAUCCGGAGCAAGCAACCUUUUUGGGCAGCUCUUGCGAGCACCAAAGUCCAUGUGCUGAGGGAGGUCGAACACAACAAAGGCCUUCCGACUGUAGCCAACAAUCAGGGGAGUCCUUUUGAAGUGGUUCAUCAGGACAUCGUCUGGAUUUCCGACAUUCGCCCGUCGACUAUCUCCUUUGAAACAACCUACCUCUCCUUCGGCGAACCAAAUAAUGACUCAUCUUCACCAAAUGAGCAUAGGCCAUUCUAUGUACGCAUCAAUGGAGCGAAAUGGCAUUCGGUUUCCUUGGAAUUAGUAGACAGUCCUCCAUCCUCGGAAAUCGCUGGCUCACAAUGGUCAGGUGCUAUUUCCGGCCUGGCACCAAACUGUACGUACACUUGCACUUUCAUCGCCUCUGAUACCGACGAGGAGUUCGCUUCGAUCAUGGUCAAGACUCCAAUUCUGCUGGACAAGGAUCUUUCGACAUCUAUGGCUCCAGUACCUAAUCGUCAAUCUACUCGGCCCUCAUCCCCGACUACGACGCUGAAGAAUUCGAUCUCUACCGCCGAAGCGAAAGCCAACGAUGCCCGCAAUCGUCAAACGAAAUCUCGGCGUCAACAUCGAACCAACUUGGCAAAGGUUGAAAAAGACGUCGAAAGCUUCAAUGCUCGGCUCAAAGCCUCGACUGACGAUACAAAGCUGCGGCAGAAACUUUUGCAACUCGAACGGAACACUCGACAGAACGAAGAUGGGGUCGCGGAUGCAGCCGCGGCGAUCGAUGACACGCCAGAUGACGCAACCGAGGAUUACUCCGUGUGUAAACAAGACUAUGAAUCGCAAGCGAAGCACCUAUCUGAUUCCAAUGCUGCUUUGACGAAAGCACGUUCAGAAGCGGAGAAUGAGACUUCAUGUGUCACCAAUGAGCUUACCAACGUCGCUACACGAAAAGAACGCCUCACAGGUCGCAACACUAAGUUGACUGAGCAGCACGAUCGUAUCAACCAAGCAAAUGUGCAAGGCCUCAACGAAAAGGAACGAAAGGCAGCUGAAUCCUCUGCACAGGAGGCCGAGCAGCAAAGGCGAGAGGCUGAAAUGUCAAAUCAAAUUAGAUUCAUCGACAACGAGCUGCGCAAUGCUCGCAUCCGUUGGGAAUCCAAUUUUCGCGAACUGGACAUGCUCGAAAAACAAGAGCACCAACACCGGCAGAUGAUACUCAGCAACAGUGGUCCUUUGACUCCAGAAGGAGAACUCCCAGGCACCCGUCCUCAGCCCCAGCAUGCGCGCCCGUACGCAUUUGGGAGUUUCCAGGCUUUUCCGAAUAGCCCCGUCAUCCCAGAAGUGCAAAGCUCGCCUUUCCUCGCAUACGCCAAGACUCUUCCUUCGAAUGACAUGCGAAGACCCAGGUCUGAUACCAACAGAUCUAUAGGCGCGAUAAGCAACUUCUCCGCAGACUUCGAGGAUGCCGACCCAAUUCCUCCCAUGCCGACCAACACAGACUACGAGAUGACGGGACGCAAGGGGAGUGGCAGCAGCAGAGGCAAGAAUAAUGGCAGCCCAGGUACUAUAGGUGGCCCGUUCAGCCCACAAAGGGGCAACUACAGUCCAGGGCAUGUUCCAGGCUCGACGACAUGGUAG